AGAAAUACUGUUCCCCGCUACUAUUUCCUUCCUAGUCACGCCGGUUUGAUGGCGAGCUCGCGCACCAAGUACUCUCGGUCUUGAAGAACAAAUACGUGUUGCUGGGAGUAGAACGGUACAUCUCGGGUUCGUAUCCGCUACUUUCCAAGGUCACUUGGACUCUCUCGUACGACCGCUUAGAGCCAAUAAUCUCGACUUUACCGCCACACCUCGCACCGUCAACCGGCCUUCGAUUUAGGAUGAGGCACCGCGAUCUUGAAGUACUCAUUAAAUGCGAUGGCAAGGAGCUCGAAGAGCACAAUAUCCAAGUGGAGGGAAAUGUUUCUGAAUGUUAUACAGCCAGCGAAUCUGACAAGGCGUUCAACAUUCGCUUUACCAAUCACACUGCGACAUCCUUCGCUGUGCGCGUUACUGUCGAUGGCCGGCCCUUCCCAAGAGGGACAUGGAUGGACGCAGACAAGAAAGAUGUCUUACUUGACUGCGGAGAUGGUCACUGGGUCAGACCUGUGAAGUUCGCGAGGCUCUGCGUCACAGAUGGCGACGAUGCCGCAAGAGAGCUGAGCAACGCCAACAGCCUUGGUCUCAUAGAGAUACAUGUCGUCCGCGCGAUAUACGAGAAAAGGAUGCCCUGGACCACAUCAGGUUUGGAUCCGCAGAAUUUCGGCUCCAUCCAUGAGACCGUGAAGAAAGGGGGCAUGCACUGUGUAUCCUUCGGAGAGAAACAACGUAUAGAAUACUCAGGGGAUGUUAUACAAUGCUUGUACACCGACCAAUGGUCUGCGCCCUAUGUUCACUUCAAAUUUCGCUACAGACCUCAUGCGAUUCUUCAAGCGCAAGGCAUAGUAGAACCGGUAGCCCAGCCGCAGGCCGGUCCGUCCGGUGGCAACUCGUCAGUCGCACCGAACAGCCCAUCGCCAGAGCCGGGUGCUGCAAACGCGGCUCCGCGUCGGAAUGCACAAGCCGAUUCUUACCCGCCUCGAAAACGGCCGCGUCGGGUCGAGGAGUCGUCGUCUUCGAGCUCGUCUUCCUCCGCGGAAGACCCGCUGACCGUGGACGGGACAGAAGACGUCAAGCCGCGUGCUCGAAAGGGCGAGGAUGAAGAUGAUGCAGAGGAUCUGGACGCGCUUAAGGCGCAGAUGCGGGCUAUACGACGCAAGAUCAAUAAAGCCCAGAUACGGAAGAGCCAGCGUGGUCAAUCAAGCGCAGUCAAGCGAGAGCCAUCUCCUAUCGAGGUCGGGGACUUUGAUGGGGGCGUCAUAGACUUGACCGAGGACUGAGGCUCAGUGCGGUCGCAGGUGCGCGGCGUACCCUCAAGCGACUAGAUCCGCUUGAGCUCGUCGUGGCAGUCGUACAACCUGUCAUGUCUUCGAUGUUUCGUGCGUCGUGAUUUCUCCGCUGGUAGGGUAUUGGUCGUGAGCGUGAUGCUGGGCAGGCAGCAGAGCCACACGCUCACCAUAAUCCCCCCUCCCUCCUUCAUACUGGCUUCUACAGUGUUCCCGUCUAAUCAACAGUCUUGGAUAUACAUAAGUAAUGGUAGUCCGGUACAUAAGAAUCGAUAAUGACCUCAUGUCUGGAAACAGGCUGUCAUCGUCCUGGUCUUCCUGUAAUGAAUAACCUCCUGGUUCCUGUGUCGGUCCAUGAAACUCGCAUGAAACUCAGCUUCUUGCCCACCAUACCACAUAGUUGACGUGUA